CGUCGGCGUCCUGCGGCUGCGUCAAAUUUCCCGCGUCUUCGAAACGAACAACAAUCGGCGUCAGCGUCGGCGUCGGCGUCAGCGUCGGCGUCGGCGUCAGCAUCGACGGCAACCAAACGAACAUCAGAUAAACGAGUUUGACGCAGCCGCUGACGCCGACGCCAACGCCGACGCUGAUGCUGAAACCGGCGGCAACCAAACAAACAGGGCUUUAAACGCGUUUUGUGAACCUUCCAUUGGAAACGCUGAAGUGAAACAGAAAUACAAAAGAGAACUUUGGAGUUUCUUUGCCAAGGCAUUUGAGGAUCACAAGAGAGUGGCAGAUAUGGAGGCGUAUUCGAGAUGCUGUACUGCGAUAGAAGAUAUGGGCAAGAAACUAUGGGCAUUGCCUUGUUCUCGUGAUGCUAAUAGCAGCGAUAUGAUCAAGCCUUUGAGUUAAAAAGAAUCUCAAAAAAUUGAACGGCUAAGAUUAGAUGCCACACAACCCGAGAAACAAAACAUAAUUGCUUCGAAUGGAGCUUGUACAAGAACUUUGAAGGUUCUUAUGGGUAUCCUUAAUGCCAAAUGGAUUAUCAAUGCAUACUGGAUGAAAGCAAGCCUUGAAGCUUCUCAACCUGUUGAUGAAGAACCAUUUGAGAUUCAUAUUGACACUCGAGGAUGUCAUGAUGGACCAAAAACUGCAAGACUCAGAGCAGCAACUAAUAAACCAAAGCUCUUUGAUGGCAUGAAAUUCUAUUUCUUCGGAGACUUCUUUAAAGGGUACAAAGAAGACCUUCAAAAUCUAGUCAAAGUUGCUGGUGGUACAAUCUUGGAGACAGAGGAAGAGCUAGGCGCGGAAAGCAGCAACAAUGUGGGUGACCAAGGAUCAUCACCGGUUGUUGUUUACAACAUUGAUCCUCCACCUGGAUGUGGUUUAGGUGAAGAAGUCACUAUCAUUUGGCAACGAGCAAAUGAGGCUGAAGCUUUAUCUACCAAAACUGGAUCAAAGGUCGUUGGUCACACAUGGCUCUUGGAGUCCAUUGCUGGUUAUAAGUUGCAUCCUAUGAUCAGCAAACGUAGAGAAAGGACAAAUAAGUGUUUCAGUUUCACCAUAUGUGCAAGUUUGUUUUUUGUUUACACCAAACUUUUGUAAGAUAACAAAAAGAUUUGUGAUUGUAGGCAAAUAAAAUUAUUUCAUCUGAUUAUC